GGAUACCCAAUGUGGAUUUGUGCAGACGCCAUAUUUGCUGAAAUUUGUAAACAAACGAGAACAUUUUCAUCCUCGUGUUUUAUUUGAUGCCAUAAUAUAACAUCCAUAAUGUGAGGUUUAUACAUUACAAUGAGUGAAAAGGAGGGCACUGAGAAGAAGGAAGAGAAUGGAUUUAAACACUCCUCAGGUGCUAGAGCUAAGCAGAGCAAUGAAGGCAGAGCUAGCAACAAAGCACAUGAUGAGCGUGUGACAGCCAAAGGCACAAAGUCUAGUACACCAGGAACCCCAAAUAAGGGCGGCAAGAAUGACAGCAGGAAGACAGGGUCAGGUGGCCAUGACAAUGUGAGGGAGACAAAUCGUAAUCGAAACAAUUCUCAGUAUGACCGCAGUGGCUAUCGAACCAGUGAACGAGGAUCAGAUAGAGGGAAUGAUCGUGACGGUGGUGCCCGAGGAGGGAAGAGUGGGAAUAGGGGAGGAGGAGAUGGAGGCAGCAGAGAAAAGAGUGGCAACAGCUCCAGAGGGAGUGGUAGGGGUGCAACUGGAGGUACCAACAGAGAAAGAGAACACACACCAAGGAAAUCUGAUGUGAGGGACAGAAGAGAAGACAGAGGAGAGAAAGGAGAUGGCAGGGAAAGCCAAAAGAAAUCUUCAUCAUCAAAAGCUCAGAUGAGCUCAGCAGCAGAUCUAGAAGCUCAGUGGCUGAAGGAGGAAGAAGAUAAAAGAAAGAAAGAGGAGGAAGAAGAAAGAAUCAGACUUGAGGAAAUCAGAAAAAAGGAAGAGGAGGAAAAAAGGAAAGAAGAAGAAGCCCAGCGACUGAAGGAAGAAGAAAUUAAAUGCAUUCAAGACUAUAUAACUGAAUGUAAGGAAAGGACAGAGAGUAAAAAACUACUGAAAGAACAGAAUCUGGCUGCAGCAGAUCAAAGACCAGAUGAAAGGUUUUUUACGAAGCUUGAUUCAAACUUGAAGAAAAACACUGCUUUUGUAAAGAAAUUGAAAAAUCUGACAGAAUCCCAAAAAGAAAUGUUGACAAGAGAGUUCCACGGCCUUAAUCUAACAAAAUAUGUUGGUGAAGUGGCUGCGGCCAUCACUGAAGCUAAACUGAAGAUGUCAGAUAUUCAUUGUGCAGUUCACAUCAGUAGCAUCAUGUUCCAACGUUACCAUGAAUUUCCUGCUGCUCUGCUGGAAAACAUACAGAAGUUUCUUCUGGGAAAGAAGGAUGAUAAGAUCAGCAACCCCAGUAAAUAUCGUGUAGACCUGCGAUUUUUUGCGGAGUUGGUGUCUGUCGGACUAUUCUCCAAGAAGGAGGGUUUGGCUGUGGUGGGAAAACAGUUAGAGCAGCUUGUAAACAAUGACCAUGAAGAACACAAUAAUCUGGCCAUCCUGUCCAGUUUCUGUAAACACUGUGGUGAUGACUACAUGGGGUUAGUCUCCAGGAAGUACAGAUUACUUGCUGAAAAGUAUUCACUUGAAAUACCAGUAAGUCAGAUGCUGCAGCGCGAGAAGCAAAAGGCCUGUCGAAAUCUCAUGAAGGACUACUUCCUGUCUCUGUGUAAACAUCUGAUACGAGUGUAUAAAGACCUGAAAAACAUAGAGCGACACAAUCGCAGGACUCUUCAGACAAAGGGAGAGCUGAGCAAUGAGAGACGAGAGAGCUAUGAAAAUGCAUUAGCUGCUUAUCAAAAGCUUCAUGGCAACACGUCUGUGUAUUCAGAUUUGUUGGAUGAAGACAUGCCAGACUUACCAGAGGAAGAUCUGUUAAAAGAUGAGGAAUCUGGGUUUGAUGUGUUUGACCCUUCAAAGAAUGCAGAGUUUCAGUAUGUCGGCGACAGUACACUGUUUGAGGAUGAGGAUGCAAGAGCAUUCUACGAAUCCCUGCCCGAUCUCAGAGCUUUUAUACCAGGGAUUUGUUAUAAAGAGAGUGAACAGAGCACUGUCAAGGAUGAAACCAAAGAUGUGGAAACUGGUUUGGAGGAAGACAUGGAGAAUCUUAAAGUGGAAGACGUGGAGCGAGAAAUGGAGACAGAACAGCAGAUCGCAGAGGUGGAGAAUAAAGAAGCAGAGGAGGAGGCUGCAAAGGUCAAAGAUCAGGAGGAAGAGGUGGUACCUGCUGCAGAAGAGGAUUACAGUGCUCUUCAUGAUCUGGACAUUGAAGAUGAUGCAGAUACUGGCAAUCUGAUGAAGGUGCAGUUUGAUGCUUACCUCCUCUCCCUCCCAAACUGUGUUAACAGGGACCUACUGGACAAAGCCAGCAUAGAGUUCUGUAUGAAUUUCAACAAUAAAGCCAACAGGAAGAAGCUGGUGAAAGCGUUGUUCACUGUUCACAGAACCAGGUAUGACUUGCUGCCAUUUUACUCUCGGAUGGUGGCCACACUGUAUCCUUGCAUGCCUGAUGUGGCGAACGACCUUGUUCAGCUUCUCAAAGGAGACUUCAAAUGGCAUGUUAGGAAAAAGGACCAGAUCAACAUUGAAUCCAAGUUAAAAACUGUGAGGUUUAUUGGAGAGCUGGUGAAGUUCAAGUUAUAUCCUAAGUCAGAGGCACUGCAUUGUGUAAAGUCACUAAUGUUUGAUUUCACUCAUCACAACAUUGAGAUGGCCUGCUCUCUACUGGAAACAUGUGGAAGGUUUCUCUACAGAUCUCAAGAUUCUCAUCACCGGACAAAGAUAUAUCUGGACGUGAUGAUGAGGAAAAAGGCAGCCCUUCACUUAGACAGUCGGUACACAACGAUGAUAGAGAAUGCCUUCUACUACAGUAACCCUCCAGACGUUCCCCAGACCACCAGGAAGGUCAGGCCUCCUCUCCAUGAGUACAUCAGGAAACUUCUCUACAAAGACCUCUCAAAGGUCACCACAGAAAAGGUUCUGAGGCAAAUGAGGAAGUUAAAUUGGGAUGAUCAUGAGAUAGCAUUCUAUGCCACGAAGUCAUUGAUAGCGGUAUGGAAUGUACGUUACAACUCUAUACACUGUGCAGCCAACCUUCUAGCUGGUCUAGCUCCCUAUCAUGAACAUGUGGCCAUACAAGUGGUGGACGGAGUACUGGAGGACAUCAGGAUAGGCAUGGAGGUAAACCACCCCAAGUACAACCAGCGACGCGUGAGCUGUGCUAAAUUUCUUGGAGAGCUGUAUAACUACAGAAUGGUGGAAUCUACCGUCAUCUUCAAAACUCUGUACUCCUUCAUCACUUUUGGAGUGUCCUUUGAAAAUGAUCAGUCACUUCUGGAUCCCCCGGAGCAUCUGUUCCGUAUCCGCCUCACCUGUGUGGUACUUGAGACAUGUGGACAGUAUUUUGACAAGGGUUCAAGCAAAAAGAAGCUUGAUUGCUUCCUUAUCUACUUCCAGCGGUAUUACUGGUUCAAAAGGCAAUGCUGUAUUUGGACUGAGGACAGGCCAUUCCCCAUUGAUGUGGAAAACUUGAUGCAGGACACGAUUGAAGCCAUACGCCCUAAGACCCAGGUACCACAGAACUAUGAAGAGGCUAGCAAAGCUGCUGAAGACUUGGAGAAUGAAUACAAACAGAAGCUGGCAUCUGUUCUGCCCAUCAUUGACACGGACGAGGGAAACAGUAGUGAAGCAGAUGAGGGGGGUCUGACCACCAUACAGGAGACAGAGGAAAUGGAUGAUUUUAGUAACAGUCUGUCCAACACUGAGGAUGAUAGUGAGACGAGCGGGGAUGACCGAAGUCAGAGUCAGCGAAGUCAUACCGGCAGUAUGGGCAAUCGGGAUCAAGGGGAGGAGGGCGAGGGUGUUGAAAUGAGUGAAAAUGAUGAAGAUGUCAUGCUGGACUCUGACGGGGAAGAUGAUGAGAUUACCCUGUUAACUGGAGGUCCAAGAUUUGUCAAGUGUUCAGAGGACGAUGACUUUAUGACAGCUUUUGACAAGAUGAUGACAGACAACAUUCAGGCAAGAAAUCAAGAGUCACUCAAAGUGCCACAGCUGGAUAUAGCAGUCCCAAUGCAUCUGAGGGAUAAAAACAAAAAGGCAGCAUGCUCUAACUUCUUAGAUCAGAGUCAGGAGGAGCCAAAGGAGAAUAAGUCCAUAGACUUUGUACUGAUGACCAGGAAAGGCAACAAACAGCAGUUCACCAACCUGAAUGUACCAAUAUCUGCAGAAUUUGCAGCCAAGUAUAAGGAAAGGGAACAUGCAGAGAAGAUGGAGAAAGAGAGGAUGAAACAGGUGGUACUGGGAAUCCAUGAGCGUCAGGAGGAGGAGGAUUACCAGGAAAUGAUUGCAGCUUUAAACAGACCAAUGCCUUUGGUGAAUGCUAAUCGUGAUAGGAGGCUGAGGAACUAUCAGCACCCAAAGGGGGCUCCAGAUGCUGAUCUCAUAUUUGGCUCAAAGAAACGUUGAAGUGUUGGAAAUGAAGUGUAAGUGACUGAAAUCAAAGCAGUACACACUGCUCCAAAGCCACAGUUCAGAGGCUGAUAAAACUAAAGAAUGCCCGGCUGAUAUUCAAUCGGCAGGAACUCCCCGAAGUAAUGAGGAUCAACCCCAGUCCUAGUUGGGAGGCAUGGUCACAUAGACCUUCUCCCCCAGGAGUAGUGCUACGCGCCGACACAUGUGUUUACACUGCUUCAAGGAAAAUGACAUAAUUACUUAAAAAAAAGUUUUAACAACUUCAAUGAUAAUAUAAAUGUAUGUCAAAUUAAUUUGUGAUUCAAGAAUUUUAACUUUGACAAAUCCAUUGAAUUUGUGAUAAUGCUAUCCCUCUGGCACUUGUAAUGUUAUGAUAAAAGAUCAUAUUAUUUUGAAAGGAAAAAAAUUAAUUUUGUGAGUAUAUGGCUAAAUUAUUUAAGGUUCAACUCUUUUGAAAGAGUUCCAUAUUCCUGUCAUAAGGUUUUAAAGACAAAAAAAAAACUAUUAACAGGAUCACUCUUAUAUUGAAUUUAAAGUGAAAAUUAUGAAGUUUCCUUAUGAAAAUGAAAUUUUUAUACAAUUUGUGUUUUUGUUCGUAAUGAAAAUUCUGUUGAAAUUUAAAAGAAUUGUUGAUACUUUUUAUACCUGUUAUGCAAUUUGUACUGUUUACAAAGCUUAUUUUUAGAAAUUUUCUGAUUCUGAAAUUAUUUGGGAUUCGGAAACAUUGAUUAUAAAUAUGUAAGUAAAAGGAAUAAAUGUUCGUACAAACUUCAUGCACAGGCAAAAUAUACAUUGUGAUGUCUUCAGUCAGAGAUGGUAGACUAUGUUUCAUUUGGUAUCACUAUUUAUUUACCAAACACAGGCACAGAUUUAAGGUCAAAAAGAUCAAACAGGUAAAUAAAAUUAUUUAUAUUAUCGCCUAUGGUAAAAUCUGAAUCAGUAAACAUUAAAAAGAAUUUAUGAUAAGAUUAGUAAUAAAAAAGACCAAUUCUGUACUACAUGUAGUCCUGAAAGAGGUUCAGCUGCAGUACCUGUCAUUCUGAGUUAGAUAUGUAAACUUCUGUGGUGACAAUGGCAGGGUAUUGAUGAUUUUAUGUAAUUAGAUAAUUGUCUCUAAAAGCAGGCUGUAGACAAGAAUUUAGCAAAAUGUUCAGUAUUUUGCCAUUAAUAUUUAGUUAAGUUCUCCCUCACAGAACUGAUCGCAUGAGCUGUUCUCCAGAGAUUCACUGCUAGAUAUAUGUGAACACUGGUUCAAACAUUGAAACUUUUGUUUUGGUAGUUUUGCCAGUUUCCUGUAUUAAAGAGAAAUCUAUAAAAUAAACACUUUAAUGAAAGAAUCUGCAGUGCCAGGAUCACUUUGUGAUGUGACUGUCCAUACUUGUGACACCUUCCAUAUUCUUUGUAUAGUUCUGGUUGAAAUACAAUGUAUUAGACUUCUUUGCCAUGUUUAUAUGGACAGUAUGUGGACGAGUACUAUCAAUUUAUUUUACAUUGACCGAUUCUGUCAGUAUUAAGGAUUACUGAUGAAAUAAAAACUUCAAGUGCAGAGUUAUAA